UUUUUCCAUAGUCAUAAAAAUACCGUCAUGACAACAGAACUGUGACCCAGUCUGUCUGUUUCCACAGCCCUGCCUAAUGCCUCUCUGACUGUAGAGCCAAAAUGGCGCCCACUGUACAAUGGAGAGACCGUCACCCUGAGGUGUGAGGUGGACUCCUACAGCAACUGGACAUAUUCCUGGUACAAAGACCAUGCCCAGAUGGCUGUGUCUCAAAUUGCUGGUCCCAGUGUAACUGGUAACAGGCUCACCAUCCCUGGUGCUGCUGGGUCUGACCAGGGGCAGUACUGGUGUGAGGGGAGGCUGGAGGGGAGAAAUGUGACAUCACAGCGCAGCGACUCCAUCAAUCUGACUGUUGCAGCCUUGCCUAAACCCACUCUGACUGUAGAGCCAAAAUGGCGCCCACUGUACAAUGGAGAGACCAUCACCCUGAGGUGUGAGGUGGACUCCUACAGCAACUGGACAUAUUCCUGGUACAAAGACCAGCCCCAGAUGGCUUUGUCUCAGACUGCUGGUUACAGUGUAACUGGUAACAGACUCACCAUCCGUGGUGCUGCUGGGUCUGACCAGGGGCAGUACUGGUGUGAGGGGAGGCUGGAGGGGAGAAAUGUGACAUCACAGCGCAGCGACUCCAUCACUGUUGCAGUGCUGAGUCUAAUGACAAGACUGGGGAGCCCAAAGAAUGUACUGACUCUGCAGCCUAACCGGCCCCUGUUCUUCACUGGAGAGACCGUCACUCUCAGGUGUUCGGGACGGCCAUUCAAACAUUAUGGAUUCACAUGGUCCAGAAUUGAAUCAAACAUUUGGGUGCACAAGCACGCAUCCCACGAUAACAUCUACACCAUCGCACCUGUUACUGAAGCCCAUAGUGGUGUAUACACGUGUUCCGCUGAAUCCAUGAGUGAUCCUGUCAGACUGAACGUGUCAGCACUGCCUAAAGCCACUCUGACAGUACAGCCAAAAUGGCGCCCACUGUACAAUGGAGAGACCGUCACCCUGAGUUGUGAGGUGGACUCCGACAGCAACUGGAUAUAUUCCUGGUACAAAGACCAGGCCCAGAUGGCUUUGUCUCAGACUGCUGGUCACAGUGUAACUGGUAACAGACUCAACAUCCCUGGUGCAGCUGGGACUGACCAGGGGCAGUACUGGUGUGAGGGGAGGCUGGAGGGGAGAAAUGUGACAUCACAGCGCAGCAACUCCAUCACUGUUACAGUGCUGAGUCUAAUGACAAGACUGGGGAGCCCAAAGGCUGUACUGACUCUGCAGCCUAACUGGCCCCUGUUCUUCACUGGAGAGACCGUCACUCUCACGUGUUCGGGACGGCCAUUCAAACAUUAUGGAUUUGUGUGGUUCAGAUAUGAAUCAGAUAGUCGGCUGCUAAAGCACGCGUCCCAGGAUAACAUCUACACCAUCGCACCUGUUACUGAAGCCCACAGUGGUGUAUACAUCUGUGAGGCUGAUUCCACGAGUGAUCCUGUCAGACUGAACGUGUCAACCCUGCCUAAAGCCACUCUGACUGUAGAGCCAAAAUGGCACCCACUGUACAAUGGAGAGACCGUCACCCUGAGGUGUGAGGUGGACUCCUACAGCAACUGGACAUAUUCCUGGUGCAAAGACCAUGCCCAGAUGGCUGUGUCUCAGACUGCUGGUCACAGUGUGACUGGUAACAGACUCACCAUCCCUGGUGCUGCUGGGUCUGACCAGGGGCAGUACUGGUGUGAGGGGAGGCUGGAGGGGAGAAAUGUGACAUCACAGCGCAGCGACUCCAUCAAUCUGACUGUUGCAGCCCUGCCAAAUGCUUCUCUGACUGUACAGCCAAAAUGGCACCCACUGUACAGUGGAGAGACCAUCACCCUGAGGUGUGAGGUGGACUCCUACUGCAACUGGACAUAUUCCUGGUACAAAGAUCAGGCCCAGAUGGCUGUGUCUCAGACUGCUGGUCACAGUGUAACUGGUAACAGACUCACCAUCCCUGGUGCUGCUGAGUCUGACCAGGGCCAGUACUGGUGUGAGGGGAGGCUGGAGGGGAGAAAUGUGACAUCACAGCGUAGCGACUCCAUCAAUCUGACUAUUGCAACCCUGCCUAAGGCCUCUCUGACAGUAGAGCCAAAAUGGCGCCUACUGUACAAUGGAGAGAACGUCACCCUGAGGUGUGAGGUGGACACCUACAGCAACUGGACACAUUUCUGGUUCAGAGACCAUAACCAGACAGCCACAUCUCUCUCUAAAGAGUACAGUGUAAACAUCACUGGGGCUGCUGGAUCUGACCAGGGGCUGUACUGGUGUGAGGGGAGGCUGGAGGGGAGAAAUGUGACAUCACAGCGCAGCGACUCCAUCACUCUGACUGUUGCAGGGUCAUCUAAUGAAGCAGCUAUCAAAUACACUGAAGAGAAUGUGGAAGUUGACUUAUAAAACCUUCACACAGAAGCUGGAUCAGUGUGCUCAUGUCAAAUGAAGAACAUUUGAGAGCUCAGGAUUAUUUUUCAAUGUGAUGCUUCUCAGCUUGCAGUAGGGGAAAUCCUGAUUGGGGGUGCAGUUAUGGGGACACUCAGUGAGUUUUGCGAAUGAAGCAGUCGUGCCUUUAGAGUGCAGGAUCUGUAUAAUAUAUCUGAGGUUUCACAAGAGCUGCACUUGUGGUCUUUGUCUAAGUUAGUCUGCUUUCAUUGCUGUAUAUCGGUUUCAGGACCUACGUUGAACUUUAUAUACUAUGUAGUAAACUCGCCGCAAGCUUACAUACAGCCUAAACAGCGGAGACUCUGCAACAUGUUCAACAUGCAUUUCAUGUGUCUGCUUUUAUUAGUAUUACAUUAAAUGGAAUUUAAAGUG